GAUGAAAAUGGAACCGAAGUGGCUAAAGUAGCUGUUACAGUUGAUGGCACAUGGCAGAAAAGGGGCCAUUCCUCAAAGAUUGGUGUGGUGUUUGUCAUUUCAGUGGCAACUGGAGAAAUUCUGGAUUAUGAGGUCAAAUCUCUUGUUUGCUAUGAGUGUCGAGCUCGUGAGCAUAUGGACAGAGAUUCUGAGGAAUACAAAGCUUGGAAAGCCAGCCAUACAAAUUGCCACAUUAACCAUUCUACCAGCUCUGAGGACAUGGAGGCUUCUGCAGCAGUAGAAAUGUUUGGCAGAAGUGUAGAGAAGUUGCAUCUCAAGUAUACAACUUUUGUCGGAGAUGGUGACAGUAGUUCUUUUUGGUCGAGUGCGAGAAGCCAUGACUGCAAAAUUUGGAGACAAAUAUCCUGUAGUCAAAGAGGAGUGUGGGGCCAUGUGCAGAAGAGAAUGGGUACAGCUCUCCGAAAGUUUAAAAAAAAAUGAAGGGAAGAAAGCUGGCAGAUGGAAAAGGUGUCGCUGGAAAGGGAAGGCUCACUGACAAAGUUAUCAACCGCAUUCAAAACUAUUAUGGUAAUGCUAUAAGAGAGAAUUGUGGCAACCUUCAAGGGAUGAAAGAAAGCAUUAAAGCAAUUCAGUGUCAUAUGAUAGUGGAUGAGGACAUGUCACUCAAAAAGCAGCACAGACACUGUCCAAAGGAUAAAGACACAUGGUGUAAGUUCUGGGCUGACAUGCAUAAUAAGACAAACACCUACGACAACAGCAAGCGUCUUCCUGCAGUUUUCAUGAAAGAGCUGGACCCAAUUUUUAAAAGAUUGUCAGAUAAUGCUCUUUUAUCAAGAUGUCUUCAAGGUUUCACUCAAAACCAGAAUGAAAGUGUCAAUUCUCAAUUGUGGUCCAGAUGUUCCAAAACUACCUUUGUUGGAGUUCGUAAAGUUCAAAUUGCUGUUUGUGAAACUGUGGCUGUGUUUAACACUGGGGCAGCCAGCAAAGCAGUCAUUAUGGAUCUCAGUGGGGUUAAUCCUGGUCAAAGUAUGUUGAAGGCCCUGAGAGAUCAAGACAAAAGAAGGAUCGUAACUGCUGGACGAAAAGUUUCUGUGAAGUACAGAACACAAAGGAAGAUUUUAUGGGCAAAGCGAAAGUCAAAA